AUGAAUCAUCUUGGCAGCAGUUCUUCACUUUCUCAUCAGUCGACCACCAAGAUCGACGUACUCGAGGCCAACGAAGCUUUCGAAGACGUCGACGGGCAGUAUCAAUUCACGGGGACUCUUGUAGUCUAUCGAGACGAUAACAAUAUCUACCAUGGAUUCUCAAAAGGCCGUCAUGUGUCGCCAUCAGACAUUAGGAGAGAGCAUCUUUCUCACAGCAUUCUUAUCCCUGUGUCUGCCUAUAUGCCUCUCUUUCCAGCCAAUUUUUUGAGAGCUUCUGAUCCUCUACCGUGCGAUAUCUUUGCCAAGCGACCUCUGUUAACCUCCUACGAUCGGUAUCAUCAGGGUCCUCAGCCAAACUGCAUUGCGGACAAUGUGCUCAGAGAGGCAGAAAUUUGCGAGCUCCUUCGAAAAAAUCCACAUCCCAAUAUCGCUGAAUACAUUGGUUGCCAAGUUGCCGACGGCAAAAUUAUGAGUAUAUGCUUUGCCAAGUACGACCAAACUUUAAUGCAGGCGGUCAACCCCCAUCACUACAGCAAAAGAAUGUUUCGAGCAAAUCGACAAGGCCUGGAAAGCUAUCUCCAUGUUUUAGAAGGAGUCGAAAGGGGACUUCGGCAUCUUCAUAAACUAGGAAUUAUCCACAACGACAUCAAUCCGAGUAAUAUUAUGCUCAAAGGCAAUGUACCAGUCAUUAUCGACUUUGGAUCUUGUCAGAAGGAGGGGGAGAGUUUGGAGGGCAUUGGCCGUACUUAUGAAUGGUUUGAUGAGAGGGUUCAACUAUCUCUUUGUAGGAAUGACUUUGAUGCAUUGGAGGAAAUCCGGAUAUGGUUGGCCGACGAUUCGAAGGAUUUUCAAUUUGAUGAGUAGGGC